GCAGAACAUCAACAAACCUUCAUUAAGGAACCAUAUACAGGAACGAAGCAUUACGUAUCAAUACGUAGGACAUCAAAAAUGGCGCCUCCACCAAAGCAACGGAAGAUUGCCAUUGUGGGCUCGCGAUCAGUUGGCAAAUCUUCCCUGACGGUCCAGUUCGUCGACGGACAUUUCGUGGAGAGCUACUAUCCCACGAUUGAAAAUACUUUCAGCAAAGUUAUCAAGUACAAGGGCCAGGAAUUCGCAACAGAUAUCAUCGACACAGCUGGUCAGGAUGAAUACAGUAUACUUAAUUCCAAGCACUUCAUUGGGAUCCAUGGGUAUAUCCUAGUGUAUUCGGUUGCUUCGAUGCAGUCGUUCGAGAUGGUACAGGUCAUCCGUGACAAGAUUCUGAACCACUUGGGAACUGAUUGGGUACCGGUCGUCAUUGUCGGCAACAAGAGCGAUUUGCGACCCGAGCAGCGCCAGGUCACUGCAGAAGAUGCGAAACAGCUGGCAGAGAAAUACUCGUGUGCGUGGACGGAAGCUAGCGCGCAGUUCAAUGAGAAUGUCACCAAGGCAUUUGAGUUGAUGAUUGCACAGAUCGAGAAGUCACAGAAUCCAAAUGAGCCGACGGGGGGGAAUAAGUGCUUGGCUAUGUAG